AUGGGAGCUAGGCGAGGACUAGCUAGGCAGAGUACCAAAGAUCGAAAAAUCGCCCCUCUACUAGCAACUAAAUCCCGGCGGCGCGAAACACUAGGUAUCCGGCGAGUAGCAGCAAAUGAGCCUCUCUUUCUCUCUCAACCGCACCCAGUCGAGGAGACCUCCCUAUCGUCGGCGUUCCCGCAUUCCGGCCUUCACAGAGAGCGGUCCCACCAGCGUUCAAUCAGCGAGCCUGCAGCCACCGUUCGCCUCGCCAAGAAAGUAACCGAGCCAGCAAGAUUCCGUCCAUCGCAGCGACUGAGCGAGUUUCGAGAACGAGCUUUACCCAGCGACGUCGAGCGAUCCCAACAAGGCGAGUUUCAUCCUCCGACCGGCAACGGGACAAACCCCCGCCCUUCGGCAAUGGCUGAGACGUCCGGCUUCCAGCCACGUCCUCGGCCUGCGACCAACAAGCAGGCCUCUGUCUACGGUGGACAAGCAGCAGCCCUUCCUUCUCGCGUCCGAGGCCGACGCUGGGAGUUCCUCCUCCCCCUCUCUUUCAUCUUCUUGCGGCGAUUGCACGGCGGCGGGCCGAACUCCAGACUCUUGUUGAUCCCCCGACCGUCGAACUUAACCAAUGUCGAGAUUUUUUCGUUGCACUCAUCAAGGAAACCUUCUCCGAGGGGGCCCCUGUUUAACGAGGCGGUGAUUAUGGUCACGAGAUUCAUGGCUGAUUACGGCGACACGACUGAAGAAACUCGUUGCAUCCCUGGGCUUGGGCUAAUGGAGGCUGGCGGAGGCCGGUGGUCGCGCGACCUGGACCAAUCAAAAAUCGCCCUUCUUCUAGCACCUAAAUCCCGCCGGCGCGAAGCACUAGGUUUCCGGCGAGUAGCAGCAAACGAGCCUCUCUUUCUCUCUCAGCCGCACCCAGUCGAGGAGACCUCCCUAUCGUCGGUGUUCCCGCACCCCGGCCUUCACAGAGAGCGGUCCCACCGGCGUUCAAUCAGCGAGCCUGCAGCCACCGUUCGCCUCGCCAAGACAGUAACCGAGCCAGCAAUAUUCCGUCCAUCGCAGCGACUGAGCGAGUUUCGAGAACGAGCUUUACCCAGCGACGUCGAGCGAUUCCAGCGAGGCGAGUUUCGUCCUCCGACCGGCAACGGGACCAACGUUUGA